AUGUCACCUUCUGCACAGUCUGAUAAUGCUGUUUUAAACAAUUUAUUAAAAGAAUUACACCCAGAGCAUGCUGAGCCUUUGUGGACUGUCUUGUCCAAAGUAUCUCCCGCUGUUCCUCAACCAAAAGCUGUUCCACAUCUUUGGAAGUAUAAGAAACUUAGACCUCUUCUUGAUGAAGCUGGUCGCAUUGUUCCGCAAGAAGAAUCAGAAAGAAGAGCCUUUAUGUUGAUCAACCCAGCAUUAAAGCGCCCACAAACUACUGACACUUUGUAUGCUGCUCUUCAAUAUAUUAAUUCUGGAGAAGUGGCUCCAGCCCAUAGACACACCCCUUUUGCCUUGAGAUUUAUCAUUGAAGGUACUGGUGGCUGGACAGCCGUUGAGGGUGAAAAGAUAUAUAUGGAGAAGGGGGACGUAAUUCUUACUCCACGCUGGCAGUGGCACGACCAUGGUAAAGAUGGUGAAGGUGCAAUGGUUUGGCUUGACGGACUUGAUUUGCCAAUGUUAAAUAAUAUCCCCGUAUGCUUCACCGAGCAUUACGAUCAAGACCGUUACCCAAGUAUUGAGGUUAAAAAGUCUACAACCAAGUACCCAUGGAGUGAUGUUCAGAAGUACUUUGACAGUGUAAGUGGCGAUUAUGCUAUUUACAACUAUCAAUCUCAAACUGAAGAAGGAAAGCCCUUGUCUUCGAUUAUCGCAGGUCAAGCAGAAAAGAUUGUUGGAGGCAAGUCUUCUCCUGAUCGUCUAGAGAGCAGUUCCUUCAUAUACCAUGUAUACGAAGGCAAAGGUCGUACUAUCAUUACUGAUGACAACGAUGUGGAAACUGUAAUUAAAUGGGAGAAUAGAGAUACUUUCUGUAUCCCGGCUUGGAGAAAGUUCAUCCAUGUCAACGAAGGUCAGGAGACUGUUUACCUUUUUAAUUUCAAUGACUCUGCAUUACUCAAGAAUUUAGAUAUUUACAGAGCCGAUCAGAUUUCCGCUAUCUAA